AUCAACACAAGAAAGUCAUACAUAUACUAGCUGGAGAUCAUGUCAGAAACCGGAACAAAUAUUAAUAAUUCCGGCAGGAAAGUAAUUUCAGUAGCUGCUGGGGAAGCUCACACGCUUGCUCUCACCGGUGAUGGGAGUGUUUAUUCAUGGGGUAGAGGAACUUUUGGCCGGCUAGGUACUGGUUCUGAGCUUGAUCGGCUUUUUCCUGUCAAAGUUGAGUCUAGUUUCACAGAACGGGUCAAGUUCGUUGGAGUUUCAGCUGGUGCUUAUCAUAGUCUUGCUCUUUCUGAUGAUGGUUUAGUUUGGAGCUGGGGUCAAAAUACUUAUGGUCAACUUGGGGUCAACGGAGAGAAUUCUUUGGUUCCAUCUCUGGUUAAGGGGUUCCAUGGGCUAAGUGCUACAGAUGGCUCGUUAAGAAAGAGUGAUACAGCACUUAAGAUAUCUUCUGUUAAGGCUGGAGGUAUGAUGUCACUCGCAAUAGAUGAUAUCGGGUCUCUCUGGAUAUGGGGCAACUGUCCCCCACAAGAUGCCCCAAAAGAAGGUGAAGAAUUCUCACUUCUACCCACAUACAUUCCAACGCCCGUGUGGAACUUCCAUGGGCAAACUGUGGUCAAAGUAGCAUGUGGAAGCGAGCACAUUGUUGCAUUAGUAAGCACAGGCGAAACACAUAAAGGCGGUGAUCUUGUAUGCUACUCGUGGGGCAAUAACAAUCAUGGGCAGUUAGGCCUAGGAGAUACAGAGAUUCGGACAACUCCUCAAAUAAUUGAAACAUUUGACUCCGAGUCUCCUUGGGUAGCAUAUGAAGUAGCAUGUGGGGCAUUCCACACUUCUAUACUCGCGUAUAAAAAAGAAGACCUUGAUUCUUUGAAAUGUGUCUGCUGGACUUUUGGACUAGGCGAAAAUGGGCAGCUAGGUCUGGGAACCACCAAAAAUAUGUCACAACCUAAAACUGUUAAAUCGUUACCUCUUAAUGUAUGGUUAGUCUCGGUUGACUGUGGUUUGUUUCACACGAGUGUGGUUUCAUCAGUUGGGGAUGUUUGGUCAUGGGGAAUGGAAAACGGGCUGGGCCUUUGUAAUGAAGCCAGUUUUACAGAAAGUGAAGGUGGUGAUGCUCUUAUCCCACGUUUGAUCCAAUGCAAGGAACAACACGGGUCAAAGUUUUCCGACCCUAUACAAGUAGCUUGUGGUGCAGCCCAUACUGUUCUUGUUACAGACAACGGAUAUAAGCUUUGGUCGUGGGGGAGAGGAAGAAGUGGGGUUCUUGGAAAUGGUCAAGUGAAUGACUUUUUUGACCCAGAUCUUGUGUUAUGGCCACCCCUACAUGAGGAUUUUGUGAAAAUGGAACCACAAUCUAUUAGUAUUAUCAAGAGAACUGCGAUAAUAGAUGAUGAUGACAAGAGCUCCAAAGAUAUCACAGAAAUUGAAAAGAAACUAGCUAUAAUGGAACGUUAUGCUAGCAUUCUUCAUGGUUCGAUAUUUGGGAAGCCUUUUGAAGAGGAGAAUGAUAUACCAGUUUCUCUGCAGAAGUCGGGCUCGUUUGAUUUUGGUAGAGAGUGGGAGAAUAUGUUGGAAUCAUGUGAUCAAGGUAAGCUUCUAAGGUUAGAAAUGUUUUAUCGUGGCAUGCUUACGGGUGUUAAAGACAAGAUCAUGAAGAAAAAGAUUAAGGAGAUGAUCAAGGAGUGUAUCGAAUCUUAGAUUCAAGAAACAAAGUAGUGCUCAGUAAGGUAUAUUGAUAUAGUGCUCACUUGAUUUGAAUAUUUUGAAGGUUCUUCUAUAGCAUGUGUUUGAUGUCUGUAAAGUUCUAAAUAGCAAUGGAUUGAAGGUUAUUCACUUGUA